AUGCCAUCUUCAACGAAUGCAACAAAUACAAACAAUCCCACCAACCGCACCACCACCCUCCAACCACUCCGUCGUAUCGUCUCUGCAUCCUACCUCUACCCCUUCAAAGGAAUCUACUUCUUCCUCACCCACCGCGAUUUCUACCCACUCUUCGGCCGCCGUCUCAUCCCCCUAACCAUAACCUCAAUCGUCGUCCUAGGCCUCCUCUUCACCUUCACAUAUCUCCCACAAGCCGCUUUUCUGUUGAUAUUCCACGGCCCUACUGCCUGGGUCAAUGCCGCGUUCUUGGUGCUCGGCGAGGCGCAGGUGGUGAUUGCGUUGCUGUUCGAGGCUUUGUUGGUUGAUGAGACGUUGGUGGAUGUUUUUGAUGUUGGUUUUCUUCCUCUCCUCCCUUUCCAACCCCUCGCAAGUUCAAGUGCAAGCAACACUGAUCCACAACCACCUCACCCACCUCAUAUCCCCCACCCGCAUCCUCCACCUAGACACAACCCCGCUAUCCCCACCCCGCAGCCCCGUGAAUUCCCUCGGCCCCCCUACAACCUCCUGCAUCUACUCCCCCUUCUCCCUAACCCUCCUCCUCCAAUUCAUCAUCCUCCUCCCCUAAACCUCAUCCCCAUCAUCGGGACCCCCGCCUUCAUCAUCCUCACAGGCGCCAAAGCUGGUCCCCUACACCACUACCGGUAUUUCAAGCUUCUGGGAUUGAACAAGAAGGAGCGAAAGGCGGAGGUUCGGCGCAGGAGGUUGCGGUAUACUUGGUUUGGCAGUGUGGCGUUGGUGUUGCAGUUGGUGCCGGUGUUGUCCAUGUUUUUUCUGCUUACGACGGCUUGUGGGUCUGCGCUUUGGGUUGUGGAGUUGGAGGGGAGGAAGAGGGAGAGCGAGAGGAUGGGCGGGGAAGUGCGAGUAGGGGACCACCCGGACGAAAUUGGGGAUGAAGAGGUGCCACCACCGCCUUAUACCGAUGAUCCUGUCUAG